GGUACACGACUUGAGGGUAUAAAACUGUGAUAAACCCUACAGUCCUUAUCAGUUCAGUCCAGCACAGAACAGCCCCGAAACAACAAUGGCCGCCUUCAAGAUUCUGUUCGUCGUGGCUCUAGCCGCCGCCGCCGUCAUGGCCGAGGACUCCAGUGUCGCUGACAGGUCCAAGAAGCAGAUCUACGGAGGAUACUACGGAUACGGAGCCUACCCUUACUCUGCAUACUCUGCUGGUGCCUACCCCGCAUACUCUGCUGGUGCCUACCCCUACUCUGCAUACUCUGCUGGUGCCUACCCUUACUCUGCAUACUCUUCAGCUGCCUACCCCGCCUCAUACUCUGCCUACUCUUCUGCUGCCUACCCCGCCUCAUACUCUGCCUACUCCGCUGCCUACCCCUCAGCGGCCUACCCCUACGCCGCCUCUGCCUACUCCGCCUACCCUUCAUACGCUGCUGCCCGCGCCUUCUACUGAACACUGACCAACUAUGUAUUUCUGGAUUAAUUUCAUCCCGGAUUUUGUUCCUAAUUUGAUUGGCUUCAAAAUGUUUAAAAUUGUUUGGAAAGCAGAUACAAAUAAAAGUCAUUUAUUUUACUAAA